AAUAGACCAGACACUAACAAAAUAGUAUUGAGCAGGAAUCAGCAGCACCGAGACAGGGUCUGAUACAAAAUACCAUCCACUUUUCCCUGAUUUUUUUUUUUAAUUUUCUUUUCUUAUUUUUUUCUGGACAAUACACACACAAAAAUUACAUUCCCAUCAUAAUACACACGAGAACGUUACACGGCGGAACCUUGGACGGGUUCCCCACUCCGGACGGUUUAGAGCGUCGGACCCACUCAGGAAACGCGUCCCAGCUGUGACCUGCCCUGUUGUUUGCGUCAGUAAAAUGGACUUUUAGCUGGAAGGAAGAGUCAUGUUUAACAUAAAGGUGUUGCAGAGAAACAAAACAGUCAAGUAUGGAGUCCCUAUGCUCUUGCUGGUAGUUGGAGGUUCCUUUGGCCUGCGAGAGUUUACGCAAAUCCGAUAUGAUUCCCAGAAGAUCAGAAAAAAGCUGGAUCCUUCACUGGAGGCCAGAGUGAACGUCGAGAGGCAGCCAGUCAUACUGGAGGAGGAAUACGAGAAGAUAAGGGAGUUGAAUUUGGAAGAGUGGAAGAACAUCCGUGGUCCUCGUCCCUGGGAAGACUCCAGAGAGUAUCAGGAGCAGCAGCGAUCCAAGCAGAGCAAAAAAGACUAAAGUUCAGGGACGCCGGGCUGAACAGCCUGCACACAUACUGCAUCAGGACAUGCAAGACAAAAAUGGACGGAGUCUGUGGCAAUGCUGCAACUUCAGGGCAUGGGCUACUAGUGGUUAAAAUUAUGCCACAUGAGCUCAAAACCUUGAAAUAAAUUCAAGGUGAGCCUUAAAUUUAAAAGAAAUAUGCACUGAUUCUUGUAGCUUUAUACACAAAAGUAUAAGGCAGUCUUCUGUUGGUUGGUUGUUGUCCAGUCUCAUCAGGAGUGUGUAAUAACAACAACCAGUAGGUGGCACACCUGUGUCAUGUUGAACCAUACCUUGCAGGCAGAAACCAAGGAGGGAAAUAUAGAUUUCGAUUUUUGAUCCAUGUCUCAAUAAAUUAUUACUAUUGAUCCGAAUUGUUACUUUUACUUAAAUUUUAUUUUUGACAAAAGCUCGUAG